AUGACUGAAGACUGUGAGAAGAUCAGUCCUGCUGCUAGUGCUGAUAACACAUCAUCCACCUCAACAGAACCAAAGAAAGACGCACCGGAGCAACCAGGCUCCUCCACGAUAGAUGUGGUCUCGGUGACAGAAGAAGACCUCCCUACUGUCGAGACCCCCACCAGUCUGAACAUCAGCCCCCUGGGCAGCUUUGUCAUUGAGCCACAGUCAGGGAACUAUUGCACUAAACCCACAGAUCCCCAACCUCCACCCAGUCCAGCCAUGCCCAUUACCAAAGUGCAGCCAUUUAUGCAUGAAGAUGACAUGGAUAAAAGCUGGAAGAGCAGAAUCUUAGCCCAUCGCUUUGCCGUUCUGAUAUUCGCUGUUUGCUGCAUCCUCGGGGUGGCUGUCCUGCUCAGCGUUGGCCUUGGAUUGCGUCUGAGUGGCAGAAGUUCAGUCCUGCAGGUUCAGAUCCAGGGAAAAUGGAGGACAGUCUGCUCAGAAGAUUGGAACAACAGGCUGGGCAGAGCUGCCUGCAAGCAGCUUGGAUACUCCAGUUAUUUAGAGUCUUUCUUCAUCUCUCUGACCUACAUUGAGAAGGACCUUCAGACUGACCUGAUGUCUUUUCACUGGAACAAGUCACAGAUAAUCAAGCUUCAGAACGCCCCAUCUAUCAGUUUCUCUGUGCCCUCAGAUUGCGGUCUCAGGCCUCAGUACAGGACACGUAUUGUUGGAGGUAACAUCACGAAACAAGGCCAGUUCCCCUGGCAAGUUAGCCUCCAUUUUAGGAAUGAACACCUGUGUGGAGGCUCCAUCAUAUCACCAUACUGGGUCAUCACUGCAGCACAUUGCGUGUAUGGGUUUGUAAACUCCUCCAUGUGGGCAGUCUAUGUGGGACUGACAGAGCAGCCGCUUCACGGGGCCCAGGCUUUGGCUGUUGAGAAAAUCGUAUACCAUAAUCGUUACCGACAAAAAGGACUCGACUAUGACAUCGCACUGAUGAAACUGGCCAAGCAACUUGAAGUUAAUGGCUCUGUGCAGCCCAUCUGCCUGCCCAGCCAUGGAGAGGAGUUUAAGGAGGGCACCUUGUGCUGGAUCUCUGGUUGGGGUGCAACAGAGGAAGAUGGAGACACUAGUGUUGUUCUGCGCUCAGCUGUGGUACCACUUAUCUCCAACCAGAACUGCAACAAACCAGAGGUUUACAAGGGCUUAAUCUCCUCCUGGAUGAUCUGUGCAGGAUACCUGGAAGGUGGAAUUGACUCCUGUCAGGGGGACAGCGGCGGUCCGCUUGCCUGUGAGGACUCGUCUGUGUGGAAGCUAGUGGGAGCAACCAGUUGGGGCAUUGGCUGUGCUCACAUAAACAAGCCGGGCGUUUACACCCGCAUCACACUCGCUCUCAGCUGGAUCCACAAACAGAUGGAGGUCAGUGUCCAUAUUUAA